GGAACUGUAGAUUUCAUAUUAUAGACUAAAACCCCAGUAAAACUGCUCAAAAUCCUUCCUGCAGCUGCCAGGCAACAACGAAAGAGAGUUAAAUCCUAUUCUAUACCAAUACAAUCGAAGCACUACAUUCUAGCUCCGGCUGCUUUACAUUGCAGCUCAGUGUUAUUACUAGAAAUAUGGAUACAGAGAAGAGAAUACAGCACUGCAUUGUCCGGCCAGGAAAACAGCAGAUGUAAAAGGCUUCAAUGCAUCAACUGUCGCCAAGAGUCAACAGUGCUCCGAAUACAGCGGACAACUACAGCUCUUUUGUUUAAAGAAAGAGAAAGAAAAUGAAAGAAAGGAAAAAUCUCAGAAGACUGGGACCCAUAUGAACAAGGAGGGUAACUCGAAGACAAGCAGACAGAUGGACACUUUGGAUACUGUGAAAAGCAAUCGCAGGAGGCAGACUAUUGGGGGAUGUGCGCAUGUUCGAUAGCAUCUUUUUUGCUGAAGUGAUGGCGUGCCAAAAGUAUUUUCAGUGGGCAUAAUCCUCUCCACAUAAAUGGCCUGACCAAGGAAGAUUUCAAGCUACAGCCUCUACUCACCUCUACUCCCCACGCCUUGAUCUAGAAAAACUAAGAACUGAAAACCAAGAAAAAUCUGUGCUAUAAACUGAAAAACCUUCCUAAAAGAAUGACUGCAUGGGAGACAACGUGACCGAGUUUAAAAAAAUGAUUACCAAAGAAAAGUAUUGAUUCAGGAGAAGGAGACAACAUUUUCAGGCUCCAGUAUCUCCUAUCGCAUUACUGGAUAUUUACAACAUGCUUCAGUGGAGGAGAAGACACUGCUGCUUUGCAAAGAUGAGCUGGAAUGCCAAGAGAUCUCUGUUUCGUACCCAUCUUAUUGGUGUACUUUCUCUAGUGUUUCUUUUUGCUAUGUUUUUGUUUUUCAGUCAUCAUGACUGGCUGCCAGGUAGAGCUGGAUUUAAAGAAAACCCUGUGACAUAUACUUUCCGAGGAUUUCGUUCUACAAAAAGCGAGACAAACCACAGCUCUCUCCGGAACAUUUGGAAGGAAACAGUGCCUCAAACUCUGAGGCCUCAAACAGCAACUAACUCCAAUAACACAGACCUGUCACCACAAGGAGUUACAGGGCUAGAGAACACACUUAGUGCCAAUGGAAGUAUUUACAAUGAAAAAGGUAUUGGACAUCCAAAUUCAUAUCAUUUCAAAUAUAUUAUUAAUGAACCUGGAAAAUGCCAAGAGAAAAGCCCUUUUUUAAUACUGCUAAUAGCUGCAGAACCUGGACAAAUAGAAGCUAGAAGAGCUAUUCGGCAAACCUGGGGCAAUGAAAGUCUAGCACCUGGAAUCCAAAUCACAAGAAUUUUUUUGUUGGGCGUAAGUAUGAAGUUAAAUGGAUACCUUCAACGUGCAAUACUGGAAGAAAGCAGACAGUAUCAUGAUAUAAUUCAACAGGAAUAUUUAGAUACAUACUACAAUUUGACAAUUAAAACACUAAUGGGCAUGAACUGGGUUGCAACAUACUGUCCACAUAUCCCGUAUGUUAUGAAAACUGACAGUGACAUGUUUGUCAACACUGAAUAUUUAAUACAUAAGUUGCUGAAGCCAGACCUGCCUCCCAGACAUAACUAUUUCACUGGUUACUUAAUGAGAGGAUAUGCACCCAAUCGAAACAAAGAUAGCAAGUGGUACAUGCCAUCAGACCUCUACCCAAGUGAACGCUACCCUGUCUUUUGUUCUGGGACUGGCUAUGUUUUUUCUGGAGAUCUGGCAGAGAAGAUAUUUAAAGUUUCUUUAAGUAUCCGUCAUUUGCACUUAGAAGAUGUAUAUGUAGGGAUCUGUCUUGCCAAGUUGAGAAUUGAUCCUGUGCCCCCUCCCAAUGAGUUUGUGUUCAAUCACUGGCGAGUUUCUUAUUCAAGCUGUAAAUACAGCCACCUAAUUACCUCUCAUCAGUUCCAGCCUAGUGAACUGAUAAAAUACUGGAACCAUUUACAACAAAAUAAGCACAACGCUUGUGCCAAUGCAGCAAAAGAAAAGGCAGGCAGGUAUCGCCACCGUAAAUUACACUAGAAAAGACAAUGGUUUUAUUCGAAUGUGCAAUCUGUAAAAUAUUGCUAAAAGCAUGUAUAGUUAAAACUGAUAACAUCCAUAGGACAAGUUUUAGUUAAAACUCAUCACAUAAAUAAAUUCAAAAAAUAUUUUUUUAAUUUCUGAAGGCAAUUCUUAAAAAUAACAUUAUGUAACAAAAAGGUAUCCCAAAAGAAUUUAUUUAAAAAAGGAGCUGUAUAGGGGGAUUCUGUGUAUUAACAUGCAAUAAAAAGCAUGCAUACAUCAAUGGUUCAAGGCUUAUGUUAGGGGCCAAUAAGAUGUAUUUGCAUAUAUUUUCCACAUAAAUUUUAAUUUACAAAGUGGAAACAGUCAAAAGACCCUUCAUUUUAGAUUCAGUUUUUCAUUUUAACAUACAAUUAAAUGUAAAUAAAACAUUAUUGUCAAUCUUAAGGAAAAUUUGUAAUUGUGCAAAGGACAAAUUUUCUAACCUGACUAUUCUAGGGUUCUAAAACUAUAUUCCGUGCAAUAAGAUUUAGUUGAAUUACUCCAUAAACAUAUUUAUAAAGUUCAAAUGUUUCAUCAAUGCAAUUCUCAUCUAAGUAUUUACCUUUUAAUAACAAUUGGGAUACUAAUUUUCUUUUAUUAAUACAUAUAUUGGGGAAAAUUAUUUUGACAUGUGAUAAAAUGUGAAAAAUCAAUGUGUCUCAGGCUCAAGUUUUUAUAAGAAAAAAAGUAAAUGUUUUAAAAUAGAAGUUUGUUUCCUUGUUGGUGUUAAGGGCCAAGCUAGUAUAUUUCAAUGAGUUAUUCUAUCAGAUCAGUUACUGCACUCUUCAGAAGUACUACCACUUAACUUCAAGGAUAUAUGUAAAAAUAUGCCAUGUUCCUCCAACUGAAGCAAAAGUAAUUACCUAACAGUCAUGAAGAGAAUGUACUGUUGAAAAAAGAUACACGAUAAAGAGUGCAGCCGCAGUUUCAUUCAGUACAUUUUUAAGAUGCAUGUCUGCCAAACUGAAACACAUGGGAAGGUUCUUUCCUGGCAGCAGGUGCACACAUGCCAAUACUUAAUCAUUUUACGGCACCUACUUCUUUCUCUGAGUGCCAAGUUUACAAACCUGCAGUUUUUAAUUUGGUAGAUGACAACUAGUCCGUGUCACCAAUUUAAAAUCUUUUUGGGGAUGGAUGGGGGAAAACUACAAAUGUUUGAUGAACACUUGAUUCUAGGAUGACAAUGUAUACAACGCACUUUUACCAAGUUUUUAAUAAAAAAAGUAAACAAAAAUA